UUGUCUAAAGGCCAUCUCACACAGUUCCACGCCGACCACGCGGUCUUCGUCCAUUUUCUUCGGACAUCUCAAGGAGGAAGGUUGACUACUCGCAACCGGCGAAAGAAUGAGCGAAUCCGUCGGAAACGCGACAUCGAACGUCGGCCACGUGGCGAAGCGUCUCACGCCGGAGGAAAUCGAUAGAAUGCGGGCGCAGGAUUCCCGCCUGGUGUCCGAGUUUCGCGCGAAUCAACUCGAGAGGGACGCGAAAAAGCACUGGGAUCUGUUCUACAAGCGAAACGACACCAGGUUCUUCAAAGAUAGGCACUGGACCACGCGGGAGUUCGACGAGUUGCUGGGUUCGAGCAGCAAUGGCGAUCAAAAUGUCCUCCUCGAGGUGGGCUGCGGGGUCGGCAAUUUCGUUUAUCCGUUAAUAGAGGACGGACUGAAAUUUCGGAGAAUAUUCGCGUGCGAUUUAUCCACAAGGGCGAUCGAGUUGCUCAAGAGUCACACGUUAUUCCAUCCGGAAACAAUAAAAGCCUUUCAAGCGGACAUUACGUUAGAAAAUUGUUUCGCCGAAAUUGAUUGUCCAGUUGACAUUACAACUCUGGUAUUUGUAUUAUCAGCUAUUCAUCCUGAUAAAUUUUCCAAAGUUGCCCAGAAUAUAUACAACGUUCUUGGUAGUGGAGGAAUAUUGCUAUUUAGAGAUUACGGGUUGUACGAUAUGGCACAAUUACGUUUUAAACCUGGGCAUAAGAUUAGUGAGAAUCUGUAUAUGCGACAAGAUGGAACCAGGAGUUAUUAUUUCUCCAUAGAACAAAUAACAUGUCUAUUUGAAUCUGUUGGUUUUCAAACAUUGGAUUGUUGUUAUGUACAAAGACGAACAGUAAAUUUAAAAGAGAAUAUUGAUGUUCCGAGAAUCUUUGUCCAGGCAAAAUUCAAGAAAUCUUGAACAUGUAUAUGUGUAAAGUGAUAUUGUAAUUGUGAGACUUGUGACAAACUGUAUGAGGAAAAUUUUAAUUUUUAACAUGGUUUAAUUAUAUUUAAUAGAAAUAUAUAAGUGAGCAGUGGAUAUUUAAGAUAUUACAGAUGCAGUUCAGUAAUGCUUGUGAUAAAUUAUAUGAGAAAAAUUUUAAUUCUCAAACAUGAUUUAAUUAUAUUUAGUAGAAAUAUAUAAUGGCGCAAUCGAUAUUAAAGAUAUCUUGAAAGAAUUGCGACCAAUCGAGAAAAAGGAGUAUUUUAAAUAUAUGAAGAAAUUAAGAUGAUGCAUGGCUGUGUGAAAUAAUUGACUCGUAAUUUGAUUUCGUUUUUUAUACAAUGCCUUGGUUUAUGUGAGAUUAACUUAAAAAUUAAAAGUCUUGAGAAAAAGAGUAUAAUAUGCUUGUGACUGAAUCCAUAUAUAUUGCGGAAAAGAAUACAUAUAUAUUGCGGAAAUUACUACUUUAAAUAUGUGUAACAGGCAUAAAUACAAAAUAUAUAUAGUUAAUAUACAAUACGGCGUGGAUAUUGUGUAUAUCAAACAAAAUUUAUAUUGAGAUGUUAAAGUGUUUUUUUAAUUUUAUAAAUAAAAAAUUGUUAAUUGUUACAAGUU